AUGGACCCUGGACUCCCCCGUUUCUCCUAUUUCUCUUGCAGGUCGCAGGAGACCACCCCGUCGUCGUCCUGGGAAAGCAUCCUGAAUAACCUGGAACGGAAAGAUCCAGAAGACGUCUGGUGGGUGGAUCUCUGCGAUGGCACCGAAGAUGAUGUCAACAUGGUAUCGCAGUAUUUCUCUAUCCAUCCGUUGACGACGGAGGAUGUCAUCAUCCGGGAACCGCGAGAGAAGAUCGAGGUGUUUCGCAACUACUACCUCAUCUCGCUCCAGACGCUGGUCCCUCGUACGGAGCCGGACGACGAAAAAGAAGAUGCCAGCCCUGUACCGCCAUCCGCCUUGGUCCCUGUGUCCGCACAGCUGUACAUCCUCGUUUUCAAGUCCGGCGUGGUGACUUUCUCCCCACGCGGAUGUGACCAUGUCACCCGUGUCCGCGACCGGGUUCGUAGGAUGCACGAUGCGAAGCUUCUGUCCGGGGAUUGGAUUUGUUACGCCUUGAUCGACGACAUCGUGGACAGCUUUCUUCCCCAAAUGGAAUCAGCCGAGCGUGAAUCCGAAUCCAUCGAAGACCAAGUAUUCAUCGCACGGGCGGACGACCUCCGGUUCCUGAUCCCUCGCAUCGACCUUCUGCGCAAGAAAAUCACCCAAUUGAUCCGCUGUCUCAACGGGAAGCACGACGUCCUCAAUUCCUUCAUCAAGCGGUGCCAGGCCAAAGACAAGAACCCCAUGUUUCCCGAAGGCGACCUGAUCGUGUAUCUGGGUGACGUGCAGGACCACCUGAUCACGACCAUGACGAACUUGACGCAUGUCGACGAGAUCGUCGCCCGGUCCCAGUCCAAGUUCCUUGCCCAGCUUAGUGUCAAUAACCUGCGGCUGAGCUUGGAUAUCAACGCGGGACUGAGCAAGGUGACUGUUCUUGCGACCAUCUUUGUGCCGCUGCAUCUGGUGACUGGGUUGUUUGGGAUGAAUGUUGAAGUCCCGGGGCAAGAAACGGAGAACCUCGCGUGGUUCUUUGGGAUCGUGGGUGUGUUUAUCGGGUUUAUUGCUAUGGCGUGCUUUUUUGCUGUUAGAUUCAAGUUGUUGUAG